UCUUGCCUCGUUGGUUAAACAAACAUGGCGGCGCGCUGUUGACAGUGUUUGUGUGACAGAGAUACAAUCACGCAGAUUUUAAUCGUACAUUUAAUCAUAUCUAGCUGCGUCGAAAAAAUAUUCGUCUAUAUUUUUAUAGACGUAUAAUGGCUCUCAGAGUGUGCAGGCGUUUUUUCAGGGACUGGGCUGUCCUCUCCAGAGGACUCGUCGUAUCUGAUCAAAAGGAACCUGCGCAAUGGCUCCUCAACACAGGAAAUGCUUCAUGCUGCUGCAGAAAGAUCAACUGUUUUACCUUCAAUCCAGCCUGUUCUUUUACAUCGGAUGCAUUUGUGAGCAGUCUGCUGAAAGGCAGCAUUGCGGAGGCAGAAAACAGGCAUUAUCGCCUUCCCAACUCUGUUCCUCCAGGCACCGGUGAACAAAUGGCAUUACUGCUGAAACAUCCUGAUCAACCUGAACAUUCAAAAGUUUUGAAAGUGGCAAUAAUUGGUUCUCCGAAUGCCGGGAAGUCCACUUUGUCCAACCAGCUUCUUGGCAGAAAGGUGUUUGCUGUCUCCACGAAAGUACACACGACCCGGAAACGAGCCCUGGGAGUCCUAACAGAGGAUGAUACACAGAUUAUUUUAUUGGACACACCAGGCCUCACCACACCAUCGAAAGUCAAAAGACAUCAGCUUGAGAAGUCUCUGCUUUUGGAUCCCUGGAGGACGGUGACAGAGGCCGACCUCAUUGUGGUCAUGGUUGAUGUGUCGGACAGAUGGAUGUGCAGAAGGCUCGACUUUGAAGUGCUCAAAUGUCUGGCACGCCAUCCGUCCAUCCCAGCGGUACUUGUCCUCAACAAGGUGGACGAGGUGAAGAUCAAGGACAAGCUGCUGGACAUCACAGCCGAGCUGACAUGCGGGGUCGUGAAUGGCCAAAAAUUGCGAAUCCGACCAGUGAUCAAGCCCUCUUUAGCAGGAAGGAGGGAUCGGGAAGAGCCGCAGGACCAGGACGCCGCUGAGCCCGGGGACAUUGCCGAUGGAGACGAAUAUGCCCUGUCCAAAGAGCAGCUGAAGACACUCAUGAACCAGAAGGGCUGGCCACACUUCAAGGAUGUCUUCAUGCUCUCUUCCCUGGAUAAAGAGGAUGUGGGGACACUCAAGCACUACCUCAUGAGCGCAGCCAAGUCUGGAACCUGGCAAUACCACAGUGAAGUCUUGACAGAUCAAAGUCCAGAAGAAAUGUGCAUCAACAUAAUCAGAGAGAAGUUUUUGGAGAACCUCCCCCAGGAGGUGCCCUAUUCAUUGACACAGUCGAUUGAGUUUUGGGACACGGAUGAAAAAGGACAGCUCAACAUCUUGGUGAAGAUCCACACCAAGAAAGAAACUCACAUGAGGAUGGUGAUCGGAACAUCAGGCCAGAUGAUAGCACGUAUCGCCCAAGAGACGAGCGAACAGCUGACGUCCAUCUUUCUGAGACAGGUCAAGCUGAGGCUGUCGGUCAAGAUGCUAAAGUGAUGAUGAAGAUGAAGAGAAGGGGGUGACUUAAGUAUGCAGACGCGCUCUGUGAUGGACUGAAUCCCGCCCCCAACACACACACACACACACACAGAGUGACACAAACAGGUGGAUAGAUGAGAGAGAUACUAUUUCAGAACCGUUGAUGGAUGUUGGUGUGCCUCAACAUUUUUUUGCUCUUCGUGAAUCUGCUUCUGAAUUAAGUCAGUGAAUCACCAAUUAUGUUUCACAUCACUUGUACUCAUUAGGCUCACUGGAGCCUCAGUCAGCCGAUUAUGGGCGAGAGGCAGGGCAUCAUCUGGUGCUUCUUAACUCAUUCACUGCCAUCUGUUUUCAAGGCAGCCACCCAAUGUUAUCGAGUAUAUUGACUGCUUUUGCAAAACCAAUAGAAUAUUAUCCUCCCUGAUUAUAUGUAAACACCAAAUCUCCCAAAAGAAAGAAUAAAUUACUUACUUUCCCCAGGUAAAAAAAA